CAAAGUGGAGUACCGUAAUUGUCUAAACUUCAUCUCUUGAUAUUUAAUAUUACCUUUUCGUUUUUCUGUGAAAGAUGGUCUUUAAUUUCCUUCAUGAAGAAUACAAAACGCUUUGCGUGUGAAUCAAGGAGGCACUCACAAAGAUGAACUCUUUGGACAGCUUUUGUGGGAUUGAAAAUGGUWCUUUCAAAGUUUGGAACUCGGAAACAAAGAAUUUUGGAUCAUGUUUUGUACUUCUAGCCUUAGUAUGCCCUGCAAAUGGUAUUUUGCUAUUUCUAAGUGCCUAUUAUUCAGGGAAAAAGACUUUGAACAUACCUAACACAGAAGUACCAUUGCUUGCAAAAGUGCGAAUUUUUACUUCCUGUAUAGUUGCUUUGGAGUCUUUGAUAGAAAUAGCUUGCAUAUUACUCGUUCAACCAUGGCAUCCAGCAUUUGUACUCCUUACAGAUUCAAUUAUAGCUGUAACAUGGAUAUUUAACUCUGCUGCUUUGUGGAGGAUUCGUAUAAGAUUUUUAACUCAAAAGUGUCUGCCUAAAGCUCUUUUGAUUGGGACUUUUCUUGUUUUGCUGACGUCCAUUUUUCACUCAUACUCUGUUAUAUAUGCAAUCCUUACUGAUGCAUCAACUCAUGCAGUUAAUGAUUAUGGUGCAAUUGCAAGGUCAGGACUACAAAUAAUCUACCUUAUGACUCUUGUAAAUUGUGGCGUGAAUGAUAAUUCAUCUAGAAACUCCUUACUGCAAGUAAAUGCUCCUGGAAUUCAAGCUGGCGAUGGCGCAGAGCAUGAUAAAUUACUCAGGUCAAUCUCCCAGGGUACAUACUACAGUAGUAUUCAAUGUGUAUCAGAUGACUUGGGUGUUGCAGAAGAUCCGUAUAACCCACUUUCAAAAUUAUGCUUUUGGUGGGUGAGGCAUUUAAUGUUAAAAGGSUUCAAAGGAAAAAUCCAAAGAGAAGAAGAUUUAUUUAUGCUUCCAAAGAGUCUAAGAACAUCACACAUACAAGAUAUUUUUCUUAAAGAAUUUUACUUGAACCCAAUAGAACUCCCUGAGCCAAGAACACCAGCCUCAAGCAUAACAAGUUGUUCUACAGAUUUUGACGACCAUAGUUCRAAUGUAGAUGUCAAGUUCUCUGGGGGUGGUAGUGAUGAUGUUUUUGGUAUUAGUGGUAGUGUACAGAGACGUUUGUUGUCAGCUCUUCAUCAUGCUUUUGGAUGUCAGUAUUAUUGUUUGGGUAUCUUGAAGCUAUUGGGUGAUGCCCUUGGAUUUGCUGGUCCUUUGCUUCUACAUGCAUUGGUUUCAUUCAUAGAGAAUAAAAAGGAGCCAAUGUCCCAUGGUUAUUACUAUGCAACUGGUUUGCUGUUAUCUACAUUGUUUUGUGCCUUCAUAAAUGCUCACUUCAGCUAUUGGGUUAAUAAAGUUGGUUUAAAGAUGAGAGCAGCUAUCAUUACAACAGUUUAUCAGAAGGCUCUUUCAGUCAGUAGUGCUUCACUUGCUAAAUUCUCAACUGGAGAGGUUGUCAACUUCAUGAGUACAGAUACCGACAGAGUUGUGAACUUUUGUCCAAGUUUCCAUCAAUUCUGGAGCCUUCCAUUCCAAGUUGCAGUAUCAUUGUAUUUACUGCAUCAACAGGUUGGUCUUGCAUUUCUAGCAGGUCUAGCAUUUGCUAUCAUUGUUAUUCCUAUCAACCGAUGGCUUGCAAUCAAAAUCCAGGAACUUAGUAAAGACAUGAUGACAAAGAAGGACAGUAGAGUUAAGAUGAUGAAUGAAAUCUUGUAUGGAAUCAGAGUCAUUAAAUUCUAUGCCUGGGAGAGGAAAUUUGAGGAAAAGAUCAAUGAUAUCAGGUCAGAAGAGCUAAAGAGUCUUAAGGGUCGUAAGUACCUGGAUGCAUGGUGUGUGUACUUCUGGGCCACCACACCAGUGAUCAUAUCUAUACUGACUUUCACUACAUAUGCACUCAUGGGCAACAGACUCACUGCUGCUAAGGUAUUUACCAGUGUAGCAUUGUUCAACAUGCUGAUCUCUCCUUUGAAUGCAUUUCCAUGGGUUUUGAAUGGACUCAUGGAGGCCUGGGUGUCGAUCAAAAGACUCCAGGCUUUCCUAGAGUUACGAGACCUGGAUCUUAGUUCCUACUACUCAGAUAUGAACGAUAAAGACCUCAGACAAACAGAUGUUAAGAUCAGUAAUGGUCAGUUUUCAUGGAGAAAUUCUGCAUUUGAAGAGAGUAAAAGCGAUUUCCAAGAGGCUCCUGAGAUAUCAAGCUCAUUGGGAUGUUUAUCYGACAUUAAUGUCACACUUAACAAGGGACAACUGGUUGGUGUAAUAGGCACCGUAGGAUCUGGUAAAAGCUCUUUAUUAUCAGCCAUCACAGCAGAAAUGGAAAAAACGGCUGGACAGAUAUAUGCGUCAAGUUUGGAUAGGGGGUUUGGACUUGCAUCACAGGAGCCUUGGAUUCAGCAUGCUACUGUCAAAGAGAAUAUCUUGUUUGGUCUGCCAUUUGACGUGGAAAAAUACAGUGCUGUGAUUGAUGUUUGUGCAUUGGGAGAGGAUUUGUUGAUGCUGCCCGCUGGAGACGAAACAGAAGUCGGAGAGAAUGGCGUGACACUAAGCGGAGGGCAGARGGCAAGAGUGGCUCUAGCAAGAGCAGUUUAUCAGGAUAAAGAUGUAUAUCUUCUAGACGAUCCACUAGCAGCAGUAGAUUCGCACGUUGCAGCACACCUAUUUCAACACUGUAUUCUGGGACUUCUACGUCACAAGACCGUCAUCCUUUGCACGCAUCACAUCAAAUACCUCAAAGAUGCUGAUCAUGUGAUCGUUAUGGAUAAUGGCAUCAUUACCCAUCAAGGGCCCCCAACUGAAAUUCUAACCAAAGAGACGUUGAUAUCACAAUUAUCACGUGAUAGCAUAAUCACUGACGAUGACUCUGAUGCCCAAUCAGAUUUUGAUGAGAAAACACCAGCAGAAGGAGAAGAGGAUGGCGGGCUUGUCUCCGAAGAGAAGAAAGACGAGGGUGCGGUCAAACUCCACGUGUACGGAUCAUACUGGGUUUCUAUUGGACAUUGCUUAGCUGUCAGUAUAUUGGUGUCUCUUCUGCUAAUGCAAGCUUCUCGGAAUCUUAGCGACUGGUGGCUAGCAUACUGGAUAUCUCACACAAAAACCCAUCAUAAUACCACCACUCAAUACUCAACAACCAUCUCUGAUGCCGAAAUACCAAACAAUGUGUUAGGUGGCGUUCACAUCGUUAAGGGAACCGUCACAUUCUAUCUUAUUGUGUAUGCAGGAUUUGCUGUCAGUAACACGAUAUUCACUCUGUUUCGUGCGUUUCUGUUCGCCUAUGGAGGAGUUAAAGCUGCUCGGGUUCUCCACCAUCGACUUCUAACAACAAUUUUGGCAGCACCURUAUCAUUUUUUGAUGUCACACCGAUUGGAAGGAUAGUCAACAGGUUUUCUUCUGACAUGUACUCCAUUGAUGACAGUCUUCCUUUCAUCCUCAAUAUUUUCCUUGCCCAGGCGUACGGCGUGUUAGGAACAAUAGUUAUAACAUGCUAUGGUUUGCCGUGGCUGACUAUCUUGUUAGUACCACUGGCAUUGAUUUACUACUACAUACAGAACUACUAUCGAAAAACKUCAAGGGAACUCAAGAGGUUAAUGUCGGUGACACUAUCCCCGAUUUACGCUCAUUUCUCAGAGACUCUUACUGGACUGAGCACCAUUCGAGCAUUGCGUGACAUGCAUCGAUUYCAGUUCUUAAACAUGAACAAACUGGAGMUCAACCAGAGAGCGAACUUUUGCGCAAUGGCUGCYUCACAGUGGUUGAGCCUGCGAUUACAGUUCCUCGGUGUUGCUAUGGUAACAGGGGUAGCAUUCAUAGCGGUUUUAGAACACCAUUUCAGUUUUGGAUCUGUUGAUCCAGGUCUUGUUGGGCUAGCUAUAUCUUACGCGCUAUCAGUGACAGACCGUCUCUCAGGGAUGGUGACGUCAUUCACUGAGACCGAGAAACAAAUGGUCAGCGUCGAACGGGCUGUCGAGUACAUCGAGGACAUCCCGUGUGAGCGAUCGGGACAUACUAAGAUCUCUCCAUUCUGGCCAAGCAUAGGGCAACUUACCUUCCAUAAUGUUGUUUUAGUGUACAGACGUGGUCUUCCACCAGCUUUACGUAAUGUUUCAUUUCAAAUUAAAGGAGGAGAGAAGGUAAAGGUUGUUAGCCGAGGAAAACUUAUUUGUUGAAAAAACGUUUUCAGG